AUGUUUUCCGCAUCUUCCCUCCUUUGCAUGGGCACGUGGGCAGCGGUUAUCCUCCAAGCAACCGCCGUCCCCCACGGUCCUUCCUACAAGAAACCCCGAGCUGACGAAGACCCCUGUGGCCCAGUCGCAAAGUACACAGAGAACCGAACUCUCGAAAAAUGGAACAAGGCUGGCACGGACGACUGGCUUGAGAAAUGGUGGACCGUGAAUGCCGAAAAACGGGAGAGUAGCUCAUUCGGAUUCGCUGGUGCUUUCGGCCAGUACGCACUAGGCGAGUCUGAAUGGUCGUGCCAGAACACCGGCAGUAACACCAACUGCGACCUCUCGCCUUGCAAACAAGCCAAACUCAACUCGUUAGGUAACAACACCGAGUCGGCGUACUAUGUUUUACAGUCGCUUGUUAACCUGCAUGGUUUCUUCCUCGGUCUAGAGGAAUCCUUCAAUAUCGCUGCUGUCGUCUCAGCCCUAGAGAAUGAUGAGCUUGUGACUAAUUUCUGGCAUGAUGAGAAGAUGUCCGUAGCAUACUCCAGGGCGGGGCGUGGCUCAACUAUCCAGGACUACAUAAGAAUCAAGCACGGGAUUCGAUGGUCGCCAUAA